GCUGACACACCUACAUGUAAAGUAUGGACAAACAUCAAAACAACGAAGUAACUGGAUUAUUUUGCGAGUGUAUCUCUCUACUCAUAAAGCAACACGAACCAACUCAUAUCGUUUUCAGCUUAAUAAGACAAAAGUUCCUUCUUUUUGUGAAGUAUUUAAACGAGUUAUCAAAAGGAGAAGGUAUGGUAGCUCAAACAGGAAGUUCAUUCGAUGAUUUACAUUUAAGCCGAAUAUUUGAAGAUUCACAUGGGUGUCACAAAUUUUAUCCUCCUAUUGACUUUGACUUCAUGAUGACUUAUGUGAACUAUGUUAUACAAGAUGAAACAGACAAACCAAAAAAUGAAAAUGACUUCAAUGACCUUCGAAAGGCAGUGCACACUUUUGGAAUCAUGAUAGCUGGUGCAAAUCCAGGCUAUGUAAAAAUAUUAAUAACAAAUUUUGGACGAGCAAUACUUGAAAGCAAAAAGGAAAAGUGUGACUUUAACCAACAUAUAACAGUAGAAGGAUUUCUUCCAAACAAUAUAUUUAGAAUGAAAGUUAUCCCUGAGCAAAUGGAAGACGAAGAAAUUCUCUAUAAGAGACAAAAGUCAACGUAUACAGUUUCUGGUCCUGCAUUAUCGGACUUAGAGCAUGAGCCUGAAGGUUAUACAUAUGAUUUUGUCCAUGCGUUUCCAUGUUCAUCUUGGCCAAGUAUUGCAUUGAAUUGGAUAAAAAGACAUAAGCCAGGUGAAUGGCCGAAUCAGGAACUGAUUGAAGAUAUUGUUCAAGACGGAUGCGCAGUUGUACCAGUUGGGCACCAUCUUAGCGAGGAAGCCAACCUAGAGUGGAGAGUGUCCUUCAACUCUGCCGAGAGAAAACUCUCCGCUUCUCUUCUACCGUGUCAGAAAUCGUGUUAUUCGAUUUUAAAACUUCUUUUAAAAGCAGGAUUAUCUGCGACAAGUAUUUUGACAUCUUACCACGUAAAGAAUAUGAUGUUUUGGUUUUGUGAACAAAUGUACGGACCAGCUGAUUGGUCCGAAAAUACGAUUGGUGAAAGAAUGAUUGAACUUUUAGACUAUAUUAUAAAGGCUCUUGAUCACCACAGUAUACCAAAUUACUUUGUACCUCCUAACAAUCUAAUUUCACACAGAGAAAAUGGUGCUAUAGACGCCACUAAGAAGGAAAUCUCAAUCAUCAAGGAAAAUAUAUUUCAGACAAUUAGUCUGGUAUGCUCCAAGCUUAAAGUCUUUGAGGAAAUGAGCGGACUAUCAAAUAAAACUGAACUACACCAAAUGUUAACUAUAUAUACUGCUUUUGUGCAAACUCUCUACAAAGUUGGGAUUUUAAAUUUAUCAACGGCUAUAGACACCGAAUGUUUCCAAAAAAUUGUUGCGUUAAACAAAUGCAUGAAGCCCUACAUCAAGACUGCCUCAGCAACCUUUUCUGCCGUCAGUAUACCGGAGCUAUUAAAACCAUUAGCCAAACUCCAUAUGCAGACAGGAGAUGCAGACAAAGCUCUUCGCCUAAACCAAAUAAUGAUUGAAGAUGAUUUCAAACUUGUCAAAGAGUAUUAUCCCGAGAUUUUUUCAAACAUUGCGUGUUUAUUCAGUUAUAAGUAUCAAACAUGUACGGAGACGGAAUCAAAGAAACUAUAUUUUAAUGAGGCAAUGGCAAAUUUUGACAUUGCUAAUAGUUUGAUAACAAAUUCGCCUAGCUUGUAUUUUUCUUUUGGAAAUUUUCUUUUUACGUCGAAGUCAUCAUUAAAUGAAGUAAUAUCUCAUCUAGAAAAAGCCUGUACUAUUUCACAACCUCGUCCGGAUGACGAAGUGUUGAUGCAAAUAGACAUAUAUGAAAGCGGAACUCAGAGUAAAAGUCAAAACAUGUAUGUUGACGGACGAAUAGCAGCCCUUUAUUUACUUACGUGUAUUUACCUUGAUACGUGUGACAUUUACAAGGCAAGAAAGUGUACACUGAGAAUACAAAAAUAUGUAGACACUGCUAUUCUCACUCAAAAAUGGUCAGCACAUCAAAUACUUGCAGUUUCACUCAGAAAAAAUGGUCUUUAUGAAAAGGCCGAUAUUACUUUUUCUGACGCCAAGAAAUUUAUGCCUUUCAAGACCUAACUAACUGAAUUGCUCAAUUUUAGAAAUCAUUAAAGGGUGAUAUUCUUAGAUGUACAUGUAACCAAAUAAAAUUAUCACCAUUUCCCUUCUA